ACCAGCUGCACUGUUUGUGCUUUCCAAAGAUCUUGUGCAGAAGGGGGAGAAAAAUAUCUCUGUCCUUCAAACCAACGCAGCGAGCUUUGCCGCUUUCUCGAGGGAUGCAAGAGAGGAGAGGAGGAACGAGCGGAGAGAUGAAAAGAGAGAGCAGCACCAGAACAGAACGAGGGGCUGCGUUUGUCACACUGGUUUCCUUCCCAAUCUCGUGCCAGUCCCAAGAGGAGAAGAAGGCCUGUCGAGUGAGGGAGGAUUUGGAAAGGUGGGUGCCAUCCGAACCCUUCACCGGCUUGCCUUGAGAUGGUACUCACCAGCCAUUGGCAUCAGAUGUGAUUGAUGGGGUUCGCCCGGCUUGUGGUGGCGAUGAGAAGAACACCGUGCCACGUUGGCUCUGAGUGGGAGAAGAGGAGAGGAGGAAAAAGGAGGAGAGGACAGAGAAUAAUUGGGCGCCCAACAUCGCACUGACGGCAAUGGUCACCUAGCUCCUCCGCCAGGCAUCUCUUGGGGUGAGUCCUCCAAUUCCUUUCCUCCUCUUCUGGGUCGCCAACUCCUCAAUGGAAGGAGAAUUUGGGAGUGCCAAUGCCAGCCUGAUCGGGGAGAGGGGUCCGGCGCCCCUGCAUGGCAGCGCUUGGACGGCCGCCUUCCUCUGCUUCAUCAUCCUCCUGACCAUGGUGGGCAACUUCUCCCUCAUCCUCCUCAUCUUCACCCAGCGCUCCCUCCGCAACACCUCCAACUACUUCUUGGUCUCGCUCUUCAUGUCCGACUUGCUGGUGGGCUCGGUGGUGAUGCCCCCGGCCAUGUUGAACCAGCUCUACGGCCGCUGGGUGCUGGAUGGGGCCUUCUGCUCCGUCUGGUUCUCCUUCGACGUCAUGGCCACCAGUGCCUCCAUCCUCAACCUCUGCGUCAUCAGCCUGGACCGCUACCUCCUCAUCAUCUCACCCCUCAAAUACAAGCUCCGGAUGACCUCCUGCCGGGCCGUCCUCCUCAUCCUGGCCACCUGGACCUUGGCCGCCUUGGUCUCCUUCUUGCCCAUCAAGAUGGGAUGGCACAAGAUGGAGUUUGACCUACGGUCACCCAGCAACGCCACCCUCCUGCAGGAAGAGGAGCAGUGCCGGAUCUUGGUCAGCCUCCCGUACGCCAUCAUCGCCUCCGGCUUGACCUUCUUCCUCCCAUCAGUGGCCAUCUUGUUCACCUAUUGCCGCAUCCUCCUGGCAGCCCGGAAGCAGGCCGUCCAGGUGGCCUCGCUGACCAACAACGUGGUCAUGGCAGCCGACGAAUCGACGCAACAGGUCCACAGAGCUCAGAGCCAGUCGACGGCCGCCAGCGACAACAACCGGAAGUUUGCCAACAAGCACAGCAAGCGGGCGCUGAAGGCCAGCCUGACGCUGGGGGUCCUCCUGGGCAUGUUCUUCGUGGCAUGGCUCCCCUUCUUCGUCUGCAACAUGGUCCAGGCCAUCUGCAAGUGCAUCUCCGACGACUUCUUUGACAUCCUGACCUGGCUGGGCUACUGCAACAGCACCAUGAAUCCCAUCAUCUACCCGCUUUUCAUGCGGGAUUUCAAGAGGGCCAUGGCCAAGUACCUGCCCUGUUGCCGCCGCGCCUGGGAGCCCCGUCCGAGCCCCAUUUCCCUCUCCAUGAGGAACUCCAACAGCGGCCCUCGGCCCGGCGCCUCCCUCAAAAACGUCCUGACCAUCCAAGGUGAGACGGAUUCGGCCGACUCCAUCACCCAGGUCAACGAACACAGUGGUCAACGGCUGGGAUCGCUCCCAAUGACCGGGGCCGAUUCGGUGAACCUUUUUGACCCGGAGCAGACAGACCAAGAGCUCCCUGUCAACCAGUUGAACAUGCCAAUGGAUUGACACUAUCGGUCUGAGUGACCCACUCAAUGCUCCGCCAGUCUUUCGCACUCAGGACCCGGCUCAAGGAGAGCUUUCUAACAGCAAGAUCCCCAACCAACAUAAAGCCCUUCUUUCUUUUCUGGUGAGACGUGGACUUCUUCUUUCUACUCAGGCCAACAUUGAUGCGCUAUGCACACAAGUGCUCAGUGUUCGAGGUUCCACAAAGAGCACUUGCUACAGCUGGUCUGUGGCAAGGCCACUGUGCCAAAGGUGUGCAUCCUCUAAGGGUCACAAAUUGGCCCAAGAGUGACCAUUUGGAGCAACCAGAAAUUGAACAUUUUAAAGACCGAUGGAUUGAUGGUUCAGAACCUGAAUGGAGCAAAAAUGGCCACAAAUGGCAGGUCCCAUUCCAGCGGGAGAAUGAAUCCGCUCCUGGUUUUCCUUUGGAGUUCUGCAAGGUUUUGAACUCAGUUUGGGAAUCGGAUUCAAGACCAUGGAUGGCUCCAAAGGAAAGCUUGGAGUGGAUUUAGCUUGUGUGUGUGUAUAUAUGUGUGUGUAAUUAACUUCCAACCUUCCUGCACACACACGCAACCGACAACACACUGGGGCCACAUUUAAACUGCAGACGGCAAACGC